AUGGGUAUGGAUAUGGGUAUGGGUAUGGAUAAUGGAUAUGGAUAUGAGUAUGGAUAUGGAUAUGGGUAUGGAUACGGAUAUGGGUAUGGGUAUGGAUUAUGGGUAUGGGUAUGGAUAUGGGUAUGGAUAAUGGGUAUGGAUAUGGGUAUGGAUAUGGAUAUGGGUAUGGGUAUGGAUAUGGGUAUGGAUAUGGGUAUGGAUAUGGGUAUGGAUAUGGAUAUGGGUAUGGAUACGGAUAUGGAUAAGGAUAUGGGUAUGGGUAUGAAUAUGGAUAUGGACAUGGGUAUGGAUAUGGGUAUGGAUUAUGGAUAUGGAUAUGGGUAUGGAUAA